CUCUCUCACUCUCUCUCUCUUGCUUUAUCUUUUCUUCUCUCUCUCUCUCCUUUAUUCCCUUUGAACUCACCCCUAAAAAGAAGACGAUCCCCCCUCGAUCCUCAUUGUGUUCACAAACAACAGACUCUUCCUUUCUCUCUCUCUCUCUCUCUCUCUCUAUAUACUUUGGAAAGAGGCCAAACACUGUCUUUUAGGUGACCUUGUUUGUUCCCGCAUCUCCCUGUUGUUGUUAUAUCAUUAUUUUGGGUUUUAGUUUUUUCUUUCACACAAACAUUAAUACUACCACCACCACCAUCAUCAUCAUCAUCAAUAAUUUCUGAAAUAACAGUGUUUUGAUAAUUAUCUUUAUCCAUAUAUCUACAUAUAUAUUUAUUAAUUGUGGGAGUCUAUUAAUUAGUGUUUAUAAGAGAGAUUUUGCAAUAAUCAUGAUGGCGUCGCCUUCGGAGCUCUCGUUGGAAUGCAAGCCAGCUCACGGCUAUUCAAUGCUUCUGAAAUCGUUCGGAGAGCAUCAACACAGCCACCAACAGCAUCAUCAUCUUCAGCAACAGCAACCGCAGGUAGCUCAGCAUGAUCACACCCACAAACUUGAAGACUAUCUUAAUCGUCUCGAGGAAGAACGUCUCAAAAUCGAAGCCUUCAAGCGCGAGCUCCCCCUUUGCAUGCAACUUCUCACCAGUGCUGUGGAGGCUUCAAGGCAACAACUACAAGACUAUAGAACAAACCAAGGGCCAAUAAGGCCAGUUCUAGAGGAAUUCAUACCCUUAAAGACUUCAAGCUCUGAAGGCUCAGCAGAUCAAAAAAUCACAAACGCACCUGAUAAUAAGGCGAAUUGGAUGACGUCAGCCCAACUAUGGAGCCAAAGUAGUAGUAACGAUGGAACCAAACCACAACCCACAAACAACAGCAACAGCAACAUUGUUACUCCAAAAGAAGCUGAUAUUAGCUUCAACGUAGUGAGUCCCAAGCUGGCUCUAGACAACAAGUUAUCUCAAAGGCUUAAUGGGCCAGCGGGUGCUUUUCUUCCAUUCUCCAAAGACAGCAACCGUAAUAACAAUAAUUCCAUCCCCAACCAAAGUUUUAGGCCGCUGCCGGAGUUGGCGCUUUCGGCUGCCACGGCGGAGAAAGACAUUAUGGGGGAAGAGAAUCACAAGUGCAGUUCCGAGGCCGAGAGGAGAGAAAACUCCGGCAAUAAUGGAAAUGGUGGAGUGGUUGUUGAGACGGGAAAAGGAGGAGUGGCUGGAAAUAAUAACAGUAGUAAUAUUAACGGGUCAGAUCAUCAUCAAGGUGUACAAACAAAUAAUAAUAAUAACAACAAUAAUAAUUCCAGCUCUACUACAAAUAAUAAUCAAACUCACCGGAAGGCAAGGAGGUGUUGGUCUCCAGAUUUGCACCGAAGAUUUGUUAAUGCCCUUCAGAUGCUUGGUGGGUCUCAAGUUGCCACUCCAAAACAGAUCAGGGAGCUCAUGAAGGUUGACGGUUUGACCAAUGAUGAAGUUAAAAGCCAUUUGCAGAAAUAUAGGCUCCACACCAGAAGACCAAGUCCACAAGCACCAGGGACUCCAGCACCUCAGCUGGUGGUACUAGGAGGCAUCUGGGUCUCGGAGUACUCCGCCGCCGCAGCCCAUAAUGGGGCCCAAACAGCCCUCUACAGUUCUCACGCGGCUUCCCACGCGCCGCCGCCUCACUACUGCGCUCCGCCCGUGCCACAAGACUUCUACGCCUCGCAGGCUCAGGCUCAGGCUCAGGGUAUGCCCCACCACCACGCACUCCACCAUCAGCUUCAAAUGUACAAGGCAACGUCACAGACGCACAGCUCGCCGGAGUCGGACGUCCGGGGGGCUGGCGGUGAUCGGUCGGAGAGCAUCGAAGAUGGCAAGUCAGAGAGCAGCAGCUGGAAAGGCGAGAGCGGCGACAAUGGGGCAGAGCGAAAAGGGUUGGCGGCGCUCAGGGAAGAUGGGGAAGAGAGCAAUGGAAGUGAGAUUACUCUCAAGUUCUGAUAUCUAAGGUAUAAAGUAUAUAACUAGGGUUAGGAUGAUAAUAGGGUCUCUUGUGUGUUAAUUUCUCAUGUUGCCCUUUAGUUCUAAUUUUAUUCUUGUUAUAUAGUAAUAUUAUUACCAUUAUUAUUAUUAUUUAGUUAGUCAGUAGAGAUCGAUGGUACGUACCAAAGAGCAUAACGGGAACUAAAAAUGUCUAUUUGUUUUGUUAUAAAUUCAUCUUUUUAUGUCUCAUAAGAUGAUAUCCUUAUUUGAGGAAAAAUUGCUGAAGAUUGGAAUAUUAUUAAUAUUAUUUUUGGAAUUUUCUCUA